AUGACAGAAUUUGCGUCCGCGUACCAGCUACGGAAAUUCGUGCUGAAGCAUUUCGUGGGCUUUACCGACCCAAAUGACAAGAGAUUACAGAUUCAGCUCGAAACUUUGAGGGAUAUGGUCUUGGUGGCAGACAAACCCUCGGUCAUGAGUCGCAAGCCGAUCCAGGAGCUUGACACUUAUACCCUUCUUCAUGUCCGCAACUUCUGGCACCGCCACCUCAUCGAGACAGUUGGAGGAGCAAGUUCAACGGACAUUGCAGAGAAUACUUAUGCGAAAAUGGCAAAGGAGUUAAUGCGCCAUGGGAUCACUCCGAAACACUGGGACAGGCCGCUCACGGAAGAUUCAUUACUACAUAUUCCCACCGAAUGGUACGGGCACUACUCUACGUUGGCUGGCAAUUGGCCUAAGAAGCGACAAGUGUUGGAAGAAGCACAAAGCCUGGCCGAAGACUGGCAGGAGGUUGAUCCACUGAAACUCGAUUUUGCAAUCUCGAGAGACAACAGUGUUGAUGGCUUCUGGCCACCUAUCUUUGAAAGCAUCCCAGCAUUCCAAAAGACAAUUCCCGAGUCUUCCCAGCGAGUUUUCAUUCGGGGUAUCGCGACAUUUAUCCAAUUAUCAUCUAGAAAUCCUAGACGAGAAACUGAUCAAGUGUCACAAGCUACACUUACAAUACCUACCGAGCCACGACUAUGCAAGUACCACAACUACUUGGCUCUUCGCCUUCGAGGGGUCAUUCACUCCAUACCCGCCCAGCCACAGCCAAAUGACUCGAACAGUAUCCCAGGGUUUAACCGUAUUGUGAUGAUCCUCUAUAAACCCACAAAACGAUACCUCAUCCAGGUCCUCGAACAUGCUGAGGAGGAGUACGGCGACACCUUCACUACUGCGCUGACGACGCAGAUAUUUCAGAAUAACGACACAGGAACCCUCGACCCUGCCGAAUUCUACGCCCGACUCGAUGAGUAUCUCCGAGCCAAACUUCUCUCAAACCCUCUGUGGCGUGAUGGCUCCCAGCUCGACAAGGACGCGGUCGAGGAGAUGGAAGAGAAGUUUCGAAUCAGCGAGUAUCUGGACUGGACACACAUCGAGUACGCCUACGCUUAUGAAGGUGUUGUGAUCCCUGGUGGAAUUAUGAUGGGGCGCUGGUGGCGCCUAUCCAUGUUGGGCGAUGGGGAUAGUCUCGAGUGGAGCGAUAGCUUGGGGGUGUUGGACGAGGAGGAUGACGAUGACGAUCAUGCGAACGCAGAUACAGAUCCCAUGGACCUGGACGCCGACACAGGAAGCGGCGCAACAGGGCAGAACAACGAAGAUGAGAAUGGGAAUUCGGGACCCGAGACGGCGAGGGGUGCGACUCGGCACAAGAAGCGUGAGCGGGGCCCGUUCAUCUUCUGGUGUCGAUGA